UCUCCCCUUCUUUGCCUCCACGCAUCUGACAGCGUCCCUCCCUCUCUCUCCUCCUCCCUCCCUCAUUAGGCGUUACACCGGCAGCACACCGACCCACUCCCUCUCCUUCUAACCGGGAAAUAAACACAGAGCGGCGGCAGCAGCACUGAACUCCCCACGGUGCGCACCAUCUAUGAUCCUCUGGAUGCCUGUGUGACAGGAGGGUAGGUACUGCUUCUCUGAGACGGCCCCUGAAUCGGAGAGGACGGCAGGGAUCUAGGAGGCCUCCCUGACAGCAGGGGGCAGCAGCAAACAUGCAGGACUCAUCCUCUGACAACAAGAUGGCCAAGCAGGAACAAAACUCCAAGCACCAGGACGAACACAGAGAGGCCGAGGACACAUCUGAGAAGACCUCCCCAAACAAGAACCUGAAAUCUCCUCAGAAAGGCUCAAAGCGUCUUAAAACCUCCACCUUCAAGGUGGCACUGCUGGAUUCCUCAGAGUAUGAGGGAGAAAUCGAGAAGCACUCCAAAGGACAGACUCUGAUGGACAUGGUGUGUGAGCACCUCAACUUGCUGGAGAAGGACUACUUCGGCCUGACCUUUGCUGACACAGAAAGCCAGAAGAACUGGUUGGACCCCUCCAAAGAGAUCAAGAAGCAGAUGCGCAAUUCUCCAUGGCAAUUUGCCUUUGCAGUGAAGUUCUACCCCCCAGACCCUUCCCAGCUGACAGAGGACAUUACCAGAUACUACCUGUGUCUGCAGCUGAGGGAUGACAUCCUGUCAGGCCGGCUGCCAUGCUCGUUCGUCACCCACGCCCUCCUGGGCUCCUACGCCAUCCAGGCUGAGCUGGGUGACUAUGACCUGGACGACCACGGCUCCGACUACGUUGGCGACUUUCGCUUUGCCCCCAACCAGACCCGGGAGCUGGAGGAGAGGGUGAUGGACCUCCACCGAACCUACAAGGGGAUGACGCCCGCAGAGGCUGAAAUGAACUUCUUGGAGAACGCAAAGAAGCUGUCCAUGUAUGGGGUGGACCUCCAUCACGCUAAAGAUUCGGAAGGGAUCGAAAUAAUGCUGGGGGUCUGCGCCAACGGUCUGCUGAUUUACCGAGACAGACUGAGGAUCAACCGUUUCGCCUGGCCGAAGAUUCUCAAGAUUUCUUACAAGAGGAGCAACUUCUACAUUAAAAUAAGACCAGGGGAGUAUGAGCAGUUUGAAAGCACCAUCGGGUUUAAGCUUCCGAAUCACAGAGCCGCCAAGAGACUGUGGAAGGUCUGCAUCGAGCACCACACCUUCUUCCGCCUGGUUUCUCCAGAGCCUCCUCCUAAGGGCUUCUUGGUGAUGGGCUCAAAGUUUCGGUACAGUGGAAGGACGCAGGCUCAGACCAGACAGGCCAGCGCUCUCAUUGACCGCCCGGCGCCUCACUUUGAGCGCUCCGCCAGCAGGAGGUACCUGCUGUCCAGGAGCUUGGAUGGUGCAGAGUUCUCGCGGCCCGUGUCGUCCAUGUGCGAGAACCACGACGGUCUGUCCCGCCGCAGCGCCAGCGAGCAGCGGCGCCUCCGCAGCCCCUCGGUGGACGAGCAGGAGCAGGAGGCGGAGCUGGAGCUGGAGCCCAGCCUGGAGCAGGACGAGGACGACAGGGACCCAGAUCAGAGCCAGGACAUGGAGCAGGACAAGGACCAGGACAGCAACAUCACCCCGAGCAGAAAGAGGGAAAUCAGGGAGGAGGCUGGCUCCCCAGCUGACAGUAAACAGGAGCUCUCUCAGUUGGACCAGGAGACCACUCCUCGGCACAAAAAGGAGUUUCUUGAUAAAUCUCAGGACGUCUUGCUGAGGCACCAGGCCAGCAUCAACGAGCUGAAGAGGGCCCUGAGGGAACCCAACAGCAAGCUGAUGGCCAGAGAGAAGCGUCUCUCUGCGACGUCUCCGACGGGAACGCCAGAGAAGAAGGCUUUGGGGGGCCGUUCAGUGGGAAAAGACGCUGUUAACAGCCCUUCUGUUGAGGGCUUCGUCCAGAAGGCUCUGGUCACUUCACCUGAGGGCUCUGAGGAGUGGGUAUUGAUUGAAAAACAGCAACCUUAUCAACCAGACCAUGACUGGAGGGCAGAAGAAAAGAACAAAUCUCACAUAUCCGAUUCCUCGUGGGAGAAAAGGGAGCUGGAAAAGGAGAUAGACAUUACCAAAAUGAUUCAUAAAGAGGAAGCAGGGUAUAACAGGAAAGAAGUGAAAAGCCAUAUUGACGAAUUUCCCUCAGCAAGAACACCCAGAGAGGCAGCUGUAUGCUCUGAGACUUGGCCUUCUGCGAUUCAAUUACCCGAGAAUGUAGACUGGUUACAAGACAAAUCUCAAAGUAAACCCUCUCAAGCCUCAGACCCCGAGGCAAACAGUGAUGCAGCUCCAGGCUCACGCCAGAUAAAGGAGAAGAUGGGCUCUAAACUGAGAAAAAAAGGCCGGCCCCAGAGCCUGAAUGUGGGAAUUCCCACAGAGCUCAACAGGAAGUUUGGGAGCAAUUCCUCCGGUGAGGAAAACGAAGACUCUGACUCGGACAACACAUCAGAAAAAACAUAUAAAAGAGGAGAUCAGAGCGAUGCCUCCCCAGUGAUCUUGAGGAAAGACAAUCAGGGACUAACAAAGGAUCAGUUUGUUGGUGUAUGCAAAGACAACAGGAAAGAGGAAUUUGGAGAGGGCAAAGAGGUUUCCAGUCACAGAGUAGAGCAGGUGAAGCGAAAGGUCAAUCAGAUGGGAAUGGCAACCAUUGAUUUAGGCAUGUUAAAUGGACCAGGGAAAAUAGAACAUGAUAGUUCUUUACCUAGUGGCAAAGUAGAACAUGUGGUGAAGGUACGAGGAAAGGGCCUCAUCGACAACAAAGAGCUAGCAGAGGUAAAACUUCGACAAGUCCGAACGCACGAAAGAAAGGUCAGCAGCUCUGGCGGUGAGGACGUUGAAGGUUUCUUGGGCGAAAGAAGUCAGAGGACGUCACUCCACCGGCUGUCGGGCAGCAGCUACCAGUCAGAGAUCACCAGGAUUGUCCCCCUGAAGCCAGAGCGCUCAAAGAGUGUCGCAUGUAAAGACGAAAGGGACCAACUGGGGCAGGAAGAGUUCACGCGGCUUGUCAAACGAGAAUAUCGCUGGUCAGUCGGUUCUCCGGAGGGAACCUCCGACCUCCACUGGAGUGACAUUGCUGGCUUCCAUCCGGCCUUCCCCGGAGACCCGGAGGGUUUCGCCAAACCGGAAAAUCUUGACGAAGGCUUUCAGGCCAGUAGAGGCUCUAUGGAGAACCAGCAGUUUAGUUUAAAGGGUUCAGCGCUUCCCAAAAUGGUUCCGCCAGCUCCGCCAGUGAAAACGCAGAAAGCCAAGGAAUCCGGACUAAUUCUGAGGAAUAGCAGAAAUGCCGGCAGGGAGCAGAGCCUGGAUGCAGUCAAGAAGAGACACUCGGAGCCCGUCUCUACUCCGGCCAUAUAUGAAGAGCCAUUUGGUGACCUAAAGAAAGAGUCCGGGGAGAGGAGGCCUCUACCGGGCCUCGCCUCAGAGGAGGAGCAGGAGCGGGACACGGUGGCCUCCAUGAGGGACACCCAGCUGGGCAUCGAGCGAAAAUGCUCCAGCAUGACGGUCAGUUCCACGUCCAGCCUGGAGGCAGAGGUGGACUUUACCGUCAUCACAGACCUCCAUUCUGGGACAGAGGACUUUUCCAAGGGCGGGUCCGAGUUUGGGGAGCGGGAGCGGCAGCCAGAGGUCGGACGGGAGGACUUUGAGGAGACCUCCAGGUUCUACUCGGCCCGCUUAAUGGGCUCCAGGGAUAAGUUCCCGAUGGAGGACAGGCUUCCUGAGGAGGGCACCCAUCAUGAGCCUCCAGUGGCCAGGAAAGAUGCCAGUGCUGUGAGUGUGGCCCACAAGCUGAAGCGGGCCGACACCCGGACCGAGACGCACACCAACGGAUCCGAGGUUCACCAAAACAUCACAGAUGUUUCACCACAAAGCCCUGCAGCUGUCAGCUCCCAGGAAACUCCUGCUGCUCCCAAAGAAAAUGGCUCCCCUGUAAAAGCUAGUCCACAAGGGAGGGAGUCUGUUGUGUCCCCUCUGACCAUCACAGCUGAAAGCAUCACCUCAGCAACCACGACACAAGUUACCAAGACUGUGAAAGGAGGCUACUCAGAGACCAGAAUCGAGAAGAGGAUCAUAAUCACAGGAGACGACGAUGUGGACCAGCAUCAGGCGCUCGCCAUGGCGAUCCAGGAGGCCAAGCAGCAGCAUCCUGACAUGCUGGUGACAAAAGCAGUGGUCAUCAGGGAAACAGAGUCUCCCACAGAGGAGCAGCGGAGAACAGAGUCCUGAUCCCAGGACAUGAUGGCCUCUGAAAUGGGGGGUGAGGGGGUAGGAGAGGACCCUUCAGCAGAGUCUCCUGCCCCACCAAGCAGCAUGCCACCACCCUUCUGCCCCCACCUCUCCCCACCCCUCCUUCUGUGACUCACAGACGCCUGAACAAACUGCCUUCCAUGAAGCAGCAGAUCUCCCCUCCUGUCCCUUUAGACUAAACCAGCUGUGACCCGGCCUGGACACCCCCCACUCACCCCCAACCCCCUCCAGGACCAUUCAAGCCCCCCAGCUCCUUUGAGAACGAGAAACCAUCUUCAGUUUGGAAGAUUCAGCGCCGAAUCGGACACCCCCACCACCUCAGAAAUGGAACUGCUUCCUGUUUGAACGUCUGCCGUCACUUCCUCCUCCUCGCUUCGGUUCAAUAAACUGCUGUCUUAUUAGCUUUUUACAUUUUUACCUAUAGAGGAUCUAAUUUAUGUUCAGUGUUUGCCUGUUUAUGAAUUAUAUCAGAUGAUUAUAAUCAGCAUGAUUCAAAUAAUAAUAGCAGAGGGAAUGAGAACACAUAUUAAAGCUCUGCAGAGACGCGGCCCGUAGAAACGCUGACGGUUGGUUGGGCUGCUGGUUCUGGUCCAGCCUCCAGGAACCAAACAUCCUCAUCCCAACAUGACUGUUUAGCUUUAGGUGACGGCAACAAAGGCAGCACUGCUCACUGUCUUAGGAUUUCUAGAGGAAUUUUUAAUAUAAAUAUUACGUGUUCUAAGUUUUACACAUUUGAUGGUAUAUUUUUACUUUUUACUUACUUGACUUUGGUUUAACCUGAACUUCUUGUGUUUUUUGAACAUUGCAGUGAUCUUUUUUGUUCUCUUGGACUUGUCUCGAUGCUGAUACACUGGAGGUUAGCGCAUCUUAAAGAGACGUCGCUAGGCAUGGGCCGGUUAUGGCCAUCGAGCUACAAAAGGUUUUAAAACUUUGCAGUUUGAAGAAAACAAAAACAGUGAAAUUUUCCUCCGUUAUGAUUUAACAAAGUUAAAUACUUUUCAUUUCAGCCUCCUGGCGCACACUUGCAGAAAUGACCAGUUUGGAAACUAUUGCAGAACAAUUUAUCACUUUUAUAAAUCUAAUUUUGUUUUUAAAAAAUAAUUUAGUUGAGAAAUACUUUACUACUUACUACUUUAAACUUUUCCCACAAUGCCGUCAUAUUCAAAGUCGUCAGGCUAUGAAAGCCCCAUGCUGACCCAUGCCUGUCUCUCUAAGAAAGCUGUCUAUAGUUGUUGAGUUUUUGCAGUCCAUAUGACUCCAGCACUAACUGUAAGCAUAUUUUGUUGAACUGCAGCUCAAAGAAGCCUCUUCCUGCAGGUGAUGCACAAUUUGGAGGUGUGUGCUACUAAUUGCCAGCUGAGAUCCCUUAAUGUUUGUCCAUAUGUAUUUAAAUUCUGAGAUCUCAUGGCUCAAAACGAGCAUUAAUUAAAAGUCUCAUGUCUGUCCAGUAUGAAGUAUGUUUUGGUUGUGUGAAAUGCAACCCAAAAAAGCCUUUUCCUCCAGCUUACCUGCAAUUUGGAGGUGUGUGUGCUACUUCUCUCCAGCUAUGUCUAAAUUUUGUCCACAUUUGUUUAAAUUCUCUGAUUUUUUUGUUGAGACAAAACUAGCAUUAAUUGAAAGUCUUGUGUCUGUCCAGUACACAGUAUGUUCUGGUUAUAUCCUAUGAUAAAUAUGUUACUCUUUAGCAGAUUCCCUACCAUGUUUAUUCUGCUAACCUUGUACAAUGAUGAAUAGCGGACGCAAUUCCAAGUCCUGGUAGGAGAAUAUUAAUCAGAGGUGUGUUAAAUAACAGUAGCGACUGUGAUGUUUAAAAUAAUUUCUAGUUUUGGAUCAUAUUAUUGAAAACACUCCCUGAAAAGUUGAAAAGCGUCAGAUUAACUCUGAUCUCUUUGCUUUCUGUUGGAUUAAUUCUCCAGUUAUGAUGUGACUUUGGACUUCUGCUUGAAAGGAGCUGUAAACAUGACGCCCCCUGUUCCCCCCAAAGAUACAACGCCGUACAAAAGUCUCCAAUCCCCUAGAACUCUCACAUUUGAACACAUCAGCACAGUUCAGAGUGCUGUGGUCGUAAUGCGGCAAAAAGGGUCAAACCAGACAGGAAAAGGUGAGCGCAUAUAAAGAUGCCCUGUCACACAUAUCCAUAUGUCCUGAGUGACCUUUAAUACUAUACUAUGCAUCACAAAUCAGACAUGAAAGCCCCCUCGGAGGCGCCCCUACCCCUGUUAACCCUCUAGGUCUGUGCCGCUGUCAGCCGAGGCGGUGUGGCGCACGGCUUCUGAGGUUCCGCAAUAAGCCGCCGUCUUUCCCAUCCUCUGUCCUCUGAAGGGAGAAAACUGUGAACCCUCACAUGAACCGAAGCGUAACCAAAACCUAGUAAUGAGACACAGCUGUGGAGCGAGGAGCUUCCCCAACACGUGUGAUCGUGUCAUCGUCCCCGCCCGAAACCGUUGACCUGCUGUAGAUGUGUCUGUGGAAACGAGGUUCUAAACCUGCUGACUUGUAUAUUCUAUUUUACUGUUUUAUUUUCUAUCGGUCAGAUGACACUGGACUGUUGUGAGAGCACUUUGCUUCUGCGAACCGCUGGAGAAACCGCCGCCGAGUUCAGUGAAGGCAUUGAGAAUCAAGCUGACGAAGGUCUGGAUUCUUUGUGCAAAUGGAAUGGAUCAGAAAGUGAUAAUCUAACGGACAAAGGUGCAAUAGAGAUAAGAACACAAAAUGGGUGCCUUAAGUUUUGGAGUUGAUUUUAUGGGAGCACUCAUCAGCUGAAAGCAUCCGAGAUGAAACAAAGCGAACCAGAAAGAACUACUGACUUUAGGAAGUGGACAAGAAUUCAGCGUUUUGUUGAAACUGGCAGUACAGAUCCUGGAUCAGGAGGUUCACUCUCAGCGAAGGCCAUCAACCCGCUGUACCGUUCAGCCUCCACCUUCAGUUCUCCACUGCCGUUUGCUCUACAUUCCCCUAGUGCUUGGUGGCGUGUAUGUGCUGUGUUUGCAUUCAGUUUCGACAGGGAACAAACCUGCAUCAAUAAAUGUGUCACUAUGAUUCAAA